AUGAGUUCCAACAAAAAUUCGUCGUCUGACUUCCUCACAACCAAAACCUCCGGUCCCACUACCCAAGGCACUACUCCCCACGGCCACAAUGAUGCCUCGCAGAUUUCUUUACUCGCCUCCAAUUCCGAGUCACAGAAGGGUUCCUCAUCUAUGUUGAAGGCGUGGAUGAAUGCCCCCAGCUCGUCGGAUCCAUGGUCAUCGACCAAAGCCGCCUAUUUCCCCCAACGUUAG